AUGGACUACCGCGGAAGGUUCUGUUGCAGUGCCGACGAGAUGUUGGGUUGUGGCUACUUCGACGACUGGGUCCAAGCCAUGAGCAGCCACUUCGGCUUCAGCAGCAACCACAACCGCCUCAUCGGCCUCGACGUCGAAUGGAAUCCAAACACUCAGCGCAACGCGCCUCGUAACCCCGUCGCCACACUCCAACUCUGCCAGGGCGAGAACUGCCUCGUCUACCAGAUAUUGCACGCGCCUUACAUCCCGCGGUCGCUGGUGGAUUUUCUCAGAAGCCGCAAUAACAUGUUCGUUGGGGCUGGGAUCGAGGCGGACGCUCAGAAGCUUCUAGAAGACUACAACCUCCACGUGACAAACUGCAUGGACCUUCGGAUGCUUGCGGAGCACGUGCUGGUGGAUUAUUCUUCAUGUUUAAGUUUGUUUAGUUUGUCUUCGCUGAUCAUGAAAUUCCCCAUAAGUCGUUCCUAA